AUGUCCACUCCCAGCGCUAUUGAGUUUGUUUCUCAUCAGGAAUAUGACAAUCAGUCACAUUCCUGGAUGAAGCCAGAUGUACUUUCUGCUGAAAGACAAUGCAGACAAUCUGAGGAAGUAUCUUGGUGGCUUCAAAAACAGAAGAAGGUCAAGGUCAGCAAGACCAGAGUGAUAAAUGACUGCUGCCAGUAUUUUGACAAACAGGGUGUGAAGCGCACCAGCUCUCAAAUAAAAAGCAAGCUGACAUAUUUGAUAGUCAAGCAAUAUUCUAUUGCAUUCAAAGCCUGGGAAGAGAGCACAAUGAGAAUUAGCAAAGAAGAAAUGUCUCAACUAUAUCUUAAUGAUAUAUGCCCAAACUUCACGCAGAUGAGAAAAGUACUUGGUGAAAACAUGAGCAAGGGUGAAGACGGUGAAAACAAUGGAGGUGACAAAGCUAGUGAGACCAGCAAAAGCUGCAAAGACCAAGAAGAACAGGGAACUGAUGUCAGCAAUGAGAUCAGUUCUCAGAGAGAGGCCGUUGUCCAAAGCAAAAGUGAAAGCAGCACCUCCAAGCACUCUGAUUCCAGUGCGUACAGUGGCAAAAGACAGCCUAAAUUCUUUGGCAAGAUUGUGAAAAACACGGCAAAAAGAUCAGUCAAGAGCAUAGAGGAUAUUGGGCAUGGUAUAAAAGAGUUCAAUGAUGCCCGGAUAUCACUCUUAGAAUCAAAGUAA